UCUGGAGAAGGAGGCGAAUAAAACCUGUGCGGCGGGUGAGGGGGUGGGUGUCAUACAUAAGGCGAGAGUGACCCGUGACAGUAGCUCACUCUCACCCACCAUCACUGCAAGGAGCUGUGGUGUCCCGUGGAAGGGUGUAAAGCUCACGCUGCAUCUGCUUGGGUGACACAAGGGGCCACAGCAUCCAGGAACUGCACAGUGGGGGACCACGUGGAGGAAGAAGGCAGCCAGUCACGCGUGACAGCACCAAGUGCCCACUGUGGGUCCAGCACCAGGGGCAGAGGACCAGCAUCCACUCACUGCCUAGCACUAGGGGCAGAGGGCCAGCACUCACUGAGAAUCCAGCACCAGGGACAAAAGAGAGGUCCAGCACUCACUCACUGGCCAGCACCAAGGACAGGGGACCAGCACCCACUGAUGGUCCAGCACCAAGGACAGAGGAGAGGACACAGCACCCACUGAGGGCCAGCACCAGGGAUAGAGGGGGGUACACAGCACCCAGCACUUGGCAUAGAGGGGGGUAUACAGCACCCAGCACUUGGCAUAGAGGGGGGUACACAGCAGCAGGGAUAGAGUACACAGCACCCACAGAGAGACCAGCAGCACCCAGUUGGGGCAGCACAGUGUAGGGAGCAGGGUCCUGCUGAGGACAGUGGGUGGUUCCCCUCCAUCCCCCUGACAUAGGCAUCAGCAGCACAAGGGGCGCAGACUCCGGCAUCCGGGGAGCCGCACACAGCCUGGUCUCCGGGAGCCAGCUCACCCGAGGGCACCUGCCGGGCACAGGAGAGACCUGUAGGCGGCCAUGUCAGGUGACGGUGUGAAGCGCCGGCAGUCGGGGCCCCUGGGGCCCCAGGAAGAGGAGGCCAGCGAGAAGAUGCUCCAGGAGAACGGGAACGGAGUCCCGAGCGGGGAGAGGACCGUGGAGCUGAAGCGCACCAUCACUCUGGUGAACGGGGUGGCCAUCAUCGUGGGCACCAUCAUCGGCUCCGGCAUCUUCGUCACCCCGACCGGCGUGCUGCGGGAGGCGGGCUCCCCCGGGCUGUCGCUCUUGGUCUGGGCCGUGUGCGGCCUCUUCUCCAUAGUGGGCGCGUUGUGCUACGCCGAGCUGGGCACUACCAUCUCCAAGUCCGGGGGAGACUACGCCUAUGUGCUGGAGGUGUACGGCCCGCUGCCCGCCUUCCUCAAGCUCUGGGUGGAGCUGCUGAUUAUCCGGCCGUCCUCGCAGUACAUCGUGGCCCUGGUCUUCUCCACCUACCUGCUCAAGCCGCUCUUCCCCACCUGCCCGGUGCCCGACGACGCUGCCAAGCUGGUGGCCUGCCUCUGCGUCCUGCUACUGACUGCGAUAAACUGCUACAGCGUAAAGGCCGCCACACGAGUACAGGACGCAUUCGCCGCUGCAAAGCUUCUCGCCCUCUGCCUGAUCAUCAUUUUGGGAUUCGUGCAGCUGGGUAGAGGAGAAGUCGCCAGUCUGAGCCCGGAACAUGCCUUCGACAACACCAGUAAAGAUGUCGGGAAGUGGGUCCUGGCGCUAUACAGUGGGCUGUUUGCUUACGGCGGAUGGAACUACUUGAACUUCGUCACUGAAGAAAUGAUAGAACCUUACAAGAACCUACCUCGUGCCAUCAUCAUUUCUAUGCCCAUCGUAACGUUGGUUUACGUCCUGACCAACCUGGCGUACUUCACCACGCUUACACCGGAGCAGAUGCUGAGCUCGGAGGCCGUGGCUGUGGAUUUCGGGAACUAUCAUUUAGGGGUCAUGGCGUGGAUCAUCCCAGUGUUUGUGGGGUUAUCGUGCUUUGGGUCUGUCAAUGGAUCGCUGUUUACAUCAUCCAGACUCUUCUUUUGUGGAUCCAGAGAAGGUCAUCUCCCCUCCCUCCUGUCUAUGAUCCACCCCAGGCUCCUCACACCAAUGCCAUCUCUUAUCUUCACGUGCGCCAUGACACUCCUCUAUGCCUUCUCCAACGACAUAUUUUCCGUUAUAAAUUUCUUCAGCUUCUUUAAUUGGCUGUGUGUGGGAUUGGCUAUCAUCGGCAUGUUGUGGCUCCGGUACAAGAAGCCGGAAUUGGAACGGCCUAUCAAGCUGAACCUCCUGCUCCCCGUCUUCUUCAUCCUGGCCUGUCUCUUCCUCAUCGUUGUGUCCUUCUACAUGACCCCUGUUGAGUGCGGGAUCGGUUUCAUCAUCAUCCUGUCUGGGGUUCCCGUUUACUUCUUUGGGGUCCGGUGGCAGAACAAGCCGGAGUGGGUACAGAAUGGUAUAUAUUCCACAACUGCUCUGCUCCAGAAGGCAAUGGAGGUCGUUCCUCAGGAAUCCUAAGAUGCAGCAAGGCCCUGUCACUCCGACUACGCACAAUGACAGCCGUAAUAAAUAUUAAGUGUUCCUUUCAGAUGCAUCAUCCAGACCGUUGUUGGAGCACAGGCUUCAGCAGUGCUGGAGGCACUCUUUCCAACCAACAGACACCAGUUGCCCAAGAGUCCACACCUGGCCUAUAAGUGGGCUCGUCACACUCUAUGGUGGCUGGUUUGGGUUUUUUUUUGUCUUGUUUUUGGUAAAACUCUGAAUUUAGUUACCUCAGUUUACAGAAGAAGCCACAGAAGUCUGCGUGAACUGCGGCUCUCCCUAAUCCCUUAUAUCUUUAGUGGAACGAAGACAAGAGUUCUCAGAUGCUUCUCCGUGGAUCUCUUGUGACCGUUGCAGUACGUCUGACCCACAGUUACACAGACCUAUAAGCCAAUGAACCUUUCCAAGACUGACCAAGACACUUUUGCAACUGGAAGUCAAGAUUUCCUUUACUGAAAGGAACAGAUCUGAUGUUUUUUUAGUACUAAACGUGCCCAUUACCUACCCAUAUAUACAAGACGGAUAGGCUUUACCCCCUGUACACCUCUUCACUGACACAAAGUUUAUCCUUGUUUGCAAAAGUUUUACAUUUUGUUCUAAGGUCGAUGAAGAAAAAAAAACUCUCGCUAACAUAGCACUUAGGCUCUGGCAUAGCUGGUUUUAUAAAAAUCGGACUAUUGCAUAUUUUAAAUUCCUUUUUUUUCAACCUGUUGUUUCGUGUUUGGAUGAUCCAUAUUUUCAGUAUAUGAUCUAGGCAGGAAAUGCAGCAGUAAUUUUUCCCGUGUUUCCCCCCCCCCCCCCCUCUUGUCAUCUCUGUGAUGCAAUUGCAUAAACGGACCGGAUUAUUAUACUCCGUCAGUAAUGUUUAAUUCGAUAUUACAGCACAUCUGCAUUCUGUAAUGUCCCCUAUGAUGCAGUAUAUGCAGUCACAGAAUGUUUAGAUUGUGUUUUGAUGCUCUGUUACAUCUUUUUGCUACUGUACUAAUUUAAUAUUACUUAUGUACUUAAAUCUAUUUUUUAUUUUAUUUAUUUCUAGAAAUGUUUGUAGUCUUAAAUCUGCCAGCGGCACUGUUGAGUUGAAGAAUCCAGUUCUAUGACUUGUAACACUUCUUAUAAAGAAGUCGGCGCAGAUAUAGCCGCCCUGUUAGGCUGAGCGUCAUUACAUGAGGGGUAUAUCCCGCCAAUAAUGGUCCUAGUAUAUGAGACGCUAGACGUGUAUAACUUGAACUUACACUCGCUGCCGUUGGAUAAAGGAUUGCUUUUAACUGUGGUUGUAGAAGUUAUAACUGUGGUUGUUUUACGAAGAUGUCGCUGUUUGGUUUUGGAUAGAUGGUAAUGGACAGCAGACUGAUUGACCAGUAGAACUUUUUAUUAAUUAAUUUACUAAACAAAAAUAACCUAAUUAAAUGUAUUUAUUAAGGUAGUUUUUCUUACCCUUUACUUGUUUUUGUCAAUUCAAAUGUUUCUCUGUCCAAAGGCAAAGCCCUAAUUAGUGUUUCCCACAUCAGGUCCCAGCCAAUCCUGAAAACAUGGGCUGUUGAGGGUGAGUGAGAACUAGUUUGGGGCAACACUGGCCUAAACAGUGACCUAUGCCUUCAAUGCAUUGAUAACCGGCCCAUUUCCAUUGAUUUCAUGCUGUGCGCACUCCCCGUCUCAGUUUGUCAGCGCUGGAACCAGCAGUUUGCGGAUUCUGAACGGGCUGGACAUAAACACUACUUUGAUUGGCUCAGCCAGUGACUAAUCGGAGACUGAACUAUACAUGCCACAUUGCCAGUGAGGCUGGAAUAGCACUUGCCAUGUUACCACAUUAUUUUGUAUUUCCAAUACACUUAGCUAAUUGCAAACAGCCAAUCGGAAUCCAAGAAACCACUGCGUUCUGCCAUAUUGCCUUUACAUGAUCCACCAAAAUACAGCAUUUGUCUGUGUUCUUUGAACUGCAUAUCACAAGGUCUAUUUUCUUCAAUGUAGGGGCACCUGAGAUUGGGGGGUGGGGGGUGGGAUUUGUUAUCUUUUAUUUUGGUACUGUACAUUUAAAGUUUUGGGCUAGACGGUGGAAGCUGCUGUUUCAUGUCUCGCUAUCAAUACUUCCUGGUGAUUGACGGGUCAAAUAUUACACCCUGAAGAUGUCUUUCUCAGUGUGUGUAGGUGGCAGGUCCUCUGUAAUGGCUCUUUCAUAGCCAUUGGACCUUUUACUGUUCCCACGGUGGAUGAUCACUCCUCACGUAGGUUUUUACAGAUGCUUCUUUUUAUCGUGCAAUUCUUCUUGCUUUUUUCAUUUUAUGUUGCUAUAAAGAGCGCAGCUUUUCUGUCCCCGAAUCUGCAAAAAAUUGAAUGAACCUUUUAUGACAGUCUUCUCAAAAGAAGGUGAACAAUGAAAAAAUGUUCUGAGAGAACAUUUUUACAGUUUAAAUGUCCAAUUUAAAGGGGAGCUCCUCUCCACAUUGCCGCUAUUAGUUAAUUUGCUUAUACACCCGAUCGCGGAAAAUCAACUGUGGUUAAAAUUUCAUGCGCCCUUCCUCUAUGCACUCCAGAAGCACUUGCUCAGAACUUUCCUGCAGUAUAGUGUAUGGCGUACCUAGUAAACACUCCUAUUAUAUUUUUACUGAGCGGCAACAAUACGGAAUGCUGCAGGCAGCAUCGAAACUGAGGCUAAGCAAACGCUGGACAGAAAGUUUGUGGAGGCCACUUUGCAGCGGUAGGGAUAGAUUCUCCUGCACGCAGGUAGACAUAAAACCACUGUAAUACAUACUUUAUUUACACCAGAAGGCAGCGGAAUAUGGGGUAGCAUUUGUGUUUCGCAUCAUCUUCGUUAUUAAUUGGGGGAUGUUAUUGAAAAGCUGGAGCUCUCAUUUUAUAAUGACAGAUGAGAAAUCAUUAGAGCAAAUCUCUCUAAUAUGUUACAGUGCGAUCAUUAGGAACUUGCAGAUAAGACAAAUCUAUAUCACAACUCAGAUCGCUGGAAACAGAUACGUUCACUUUAAUCUAUCAACGCCCCCGAGUAAAAACCUCCCUGCAGUCAUUCUGUUUUAUAAUUGUGAUGUUAACCAGAGAAAGGCUGGUAAUUACUAUUUGUACUACCUAGAGGAAACGGUAUUAAUAAUGAUUUGAUUAGAGUUGCAAAAGUAUUUGUUAGGCCUUUGCAGUAUUCUAGUUGGAUGUAGUGUUACAUAGUAUUGGAUUUUCUGUGCUUUUUAAGUUUUUGUUUCUUAUUCCCUAAAUAAAGUUGACCACUAAAACAAAA